UUCCAAGGCCAUUUAAUAUCUAAAUAAAUUCUCUUCUCCUCUCCUAAGUGUAUUAGAUACAAUAAAUGUACAGUGGAUAAAACAGUGUGUAGACAAAAUCCUGCCCUUAAUUCUGGGUAUCCUGUUUACUUCAGCGAAAUCCUCCUUUCUCAAAUAAGAAGAGUACAUUUUGGCCCGUACUGUGAAAAGACAAGAAACAGAUAAGCUCCAGGGGAAAAAUAGAGGGAUUUUUUUUUUUAAUUUUUAUUUUUUUUUGCUGCUUGUGAUUAAAAAUAAAGAAGUAAAUAAUAAAGGGAUUUGACUAGUAUUGUUGCUUAGGAUGGUGUAUAACUGGGCUCCUCAGCAGCAUAUAACAAAAGAUCAAAGGGAUCUCUGCUUCACGUAAGCAAGCUAGUUCUUGGAGUAAAGGCACGGGCUGCAUGGUUUUUCCUUAGGUGAGAGCUGGGAGUGAGUUAAGAUAAUGAAAGUGUUAUCUAUUACAUGUUGAGAAAGCGUCAGAGCCAAAACCGUUGAAGCCUUUAUACGGACAUUACAUGUGGCUGCCUAUUUGCCAUUUGUUUCCUAAAUUUUCUGUAAUUUGCUCUGCAGCAAACAUUCACCUUGGUUAAAUAGGACUCCGCUCAGCAAUAUUCAGCAGAACCGCGGCGUUUCCUGGCUCCGGCCAUGAAGGCUCCACAGGAUUUUCACUGCUCAGGUGUUGCAAAGCCUAAUCCUUAUUCAGGAACCAAAACGAUCCACUUUCCUUGCCUGCGGUGCUUGGAUCCCUGCCUUUGGCAGUAGCCCCAGACUCCUGCAGAAGAUGAAGACAUCCCUCCAUGCCUAUAGAUGGAAAGGCGCCAACAUGGAUGCCAUCAGAAGGACGCAGCUGAGCAUAUGCUGAGAAAAUUGUGGCAUCCAUACUGUACAUGGGGAAGGGCUGACUGAACACACCAGUUUGUUGAAGCUUAUGGCCCUGAAAAGGAAACAUAGGUUUCCUGUAAAUGUCAUUCAGGGAUAUGCUAACUGUUAUUUCCUGGCGCUGGAUCAUGAUGCUUUCAACACAUUCUGUUCAUCUACCUCUGCUGCCUGCCUGCCUGGCUGUGCACAGCGAUAGCUCUCCUGUCUUCUCACCUUUCCCUCCUCCCUGCACGAGGCUAAGGUACCGUGUUUUGGAGUGGAAGUGUCAGCAAACGGGAUGGUGCGUCAAGCAGAACCGGAGCCAGGCAGCGCUGCUGCAUCUCCGCGGGAGCGACGGCAGCUCAGCAUCGCGCCGUCCACCUUCGCUUGGUACCUGGGCCUCGCCGCACCAUCCCUCCAGUGCAAAGCAAUUAAAGAAAAAGAGAUUCAGUGCUUUCUGUAGCUUCUGCAGAGUGCCAUGGCCACAGGCUGGUUUAGCAAAGGCCACUGCUCUGCGUCACUCUCCCAUGGAGCCACAUGAAAGGCAGGAGUCCGGGCAGAAGCAGACCCAAAGUUUGAAUUCUUUCUGUGAAGGUUUAUCCUAUCUCCAUACACCCAACGUUGAAAUAUCCUUCAGGAAGGGAACCCUGGUUGAGAGUCUGGCGGUCUCUGCAGUGGUUUUGCACAAGUUCUCUAGGAAGGAGACAAAGUUCCACGGGUGA